UUAUUAUUAUUAUUGGAACGGUUGAUUGUUUAACAAUUUUACAGAAUAUCUGACGUGUACUUUUAACUAAAUAUCGCUUACCUGAGAAAGAUAUAAACACCUGCAUUUAUUUUGAGAUAGCCGUUAGUAUUCUAUAGGUAUGACAGUUUGUUUUAGUCUCAUAGCAUCACAUGUUCGCUUGAAGUCAAUAAUCUCUACGUUUAUGACGCAUACCUUUACCAAUUUACGCAUAUCAGAUUAAAUGUUUUAGUAGAAAUGUUUUGGGAAUGUAUAUUGUUUUAUAGACUGACGUUAUUGACUAAGAAGAAAAGCAAAAAUGAUUUAGUGUUUUGUAUUUUUUAUCGAGUAGGUAUCCAAAGGUUACUUCAAAUAUAUAUCGUUUACAAAUCUGGAUUAAAAAGCAGGAAACCUGAACCACACAUAUGUUAUAUGGUCUUGCUAAGAAAUACAUCCUGCAACUACAUAAUCAUAAGUCCGUGAACAUUGGGACAUUAUCUAACAUUGCCCUUGUGUAAGACACUGCGGGUUUCUUUAUCAGCUUUCAAUUCGAUUGACUUUUUUUUAUACACGUUGCGACUAUUGCUUUCAAUCCAUUAGACAAACACAUCUUGUCCAAUAACCAGUUUACCGAAUACAACACAAAAUACGAAAUACAAUACGAAAUAUAUCCGUGAUGUAUUCCAUUAACCUUGUUAUAUUUAGAUUAAAUAUCGUCCAUGAUCAAACGGCACAAAGCAGUUCCGAAUGUAUCGGUUUAUAUCUACGAUGUAUUUUCUGUUUGUUCUUCAAAGCUAAACAAAUAAUCAGGAUUGUAUCAUCGCCUGUUUUAAUUUGGAGCAGUGAUGCUUCUGAAAUGAAAAUUGAAUGGUUUUGAAACAUCUGACACUAAACCAUAUAACACAGAAUUAGUGGCAUGCUGUAUUUGUACACAUGGAUAAUACAGAACGUAUUUAAUUGUAUACCUUUUUUCCAUUCUCUAUUUUCCAUCUAAUUAACAAACAAAAUGUUGACCGCUUGAACAUUUUUUUUUGUGUCGUCAAAUCAAAUUUACUAUUGGUGUAUCUGUUUAGAAGGUUCCGACCAGAUGCGCUCUGAUUGGUGGAUUUCGUCACAUGACUGGUUAACUGUGUACAUUUGACAGGGUGUAGGAGGGUUUUGUGGGAGAGCAGAAAAACGACAUCGCGAGAAAAAUUAGUAUUUUUGCACUUCACAAAUUAAUGACCAUGAGUUCGUAUUUGAUAAACUCCAACUACACCGAGCCUAAUUUCCCUUCGUGCGAAGAAUAUUCGCAGAACAACUAUGUAACCAGACGCUCUCCUGAAUAUGAACACCCGAGAGAUCCUGGAUUCCAGCAUCAUGAGGCGCUCUAUCAGCGACCAAACUACACGGAAGCGCCCUACGACUGCAACAAUAUCCAUUCCAGUGAACAGGAAGGCUUGUCGCAGAGAGGUCACGUUCAAUCCCAGCCUGUCCUUCAAAACCACAUCGCUCGGCAGAAUCCAAACGAUGAAGCUGUGGCAAUGACCACAGAAUGCAGCCUCAGAGAGAAACAUCUAUCCGCGCAGAAGGGUGCUAAAGAGGCUAUCGUUUACCCCUGGAUGAGAAAAGUGCAUGUUAAGACGGUAAAUCCCAGUUAUAAUGGAGAGGAGCCAAAGAGGUCUCGAACGGCCUACACCAGACAACAGGUUCUUCAGCUAGAGACGGAGUUUCAUUUUAACCGUUAUCUCACUAGACGUCGACGUGUUGAGAUAGCACACUCACUUUGCUUGGCAGAACUUCAGGUCAAGAUAUGGUUUCAGAAUCGGAGGAUGAAAUGGAAGAAAGAUCACAAACUGCCCAAUACUAAGGUGCGCUCUUCACACUCAUCUCCUGCAAUUCAACAAUCAAAGGUACCUUCACUGAACCAACAGGCAGCGGGUUCGGCACCGAAUUCCUCCAGUUUAUAGUAAAAACAGAACAGACACCAAAAUAAAAUGAAGUCAAAUAGACUCAAAUGAUAUUAAUAAUAAUAGCGCUAUACUAUAUUAUCAUCUGGACCAAAACUUGAGAAAACGAAGAGCAAUUAUUCAAUUAUCUGUUUACCUGUUUAUCAAUACCUGUUUUCUGGUGUAUUUUAUGAGCUCUUGUCUAGCAGGGCGUUAAGUUAAGCAGGAUUGGUUUUGAUACCCUCUUUAUUAAAAGUUAAUCAGAAGCCCCGUAUGGCUGCACUUACGCUGUUCUUGUGGCGUUGAGAUGGACAGGAUGCUAAAUACGAGUACAUUUUUUGGAGGUUGCUCACGCUUGUACUUGCCACCUUAAUAAAAUAAAAACAUAUAUAUUGAGAAAUAAUUCUGAAUGUAGAAUUUGCUUUUUUUUUUUUUUUACUAGUUUGGAAUCAGUAUUAGACAAUAUAAAGUUGUGAUGUAAUACUUGUUCCUGUAUGAUAUUGUAUACAGUUCAAAAUUUGUGUGUAUGUGUGUGUGUGUGUCUGUGUGUUGUUUUUUAUGUACAAUUGAAUGAUUUAUUUGUCGUUAUCAUGUGUUGAUGUAGAAAAAUACAAUGUAAAAAACAAAGAACUUUAAAUAAAAAUGUAUGUCAAGAACUAUAUCCGUAUGCUGAGACCUGUAUAUAAAAAAAACCCCGCUUAUUUGUUGACUGGCUUACGGUUUUAAAAUCAGUGCUUGUUCAUAAUCCAGAAAUGUACAUUUCUAUAAAGAAUUGUAUGUUGUUCCGGGUUUGCUGUGUGUUUGCUCUUUUGGUUUGGAACAAAGACUAAGAAGGAGUAAAAGAGACAGGUAAUCUUUUUUGUUGGUUUUGUUUCACACAGUUUCUACGUCACCAGCUUGUAAAUAAUAUAUAUUAUCUAGUAACAUAUAUCUCCCCAAAAUUCUAGAAAUCAGGUGCAAAAGUUGUUUAUAAU